AUGUCUUCACCCGGAAACGAGUCUGCUGUCGGCGACACAGCCGAUACUCCUGCCGCCAGCACCAGCCGCGGACGCGACCGUCCGCUCAACCCGAGGCUGCGACCACAGCGAUUACACCAUAAGGUCAAUAAUGCCAUGAAGGUCGUCGACAAGAAGCUGGACGACAAGAACGCCACAGCCCUGAGCGACUGGCUCUCCGCUGAGGAGAUGGUACAAUUCCGCCGUACCGUCCGCGAGAUUGUUCGCCGAGAGUACAAUGCCACAUUUGACAGCUGGCCCAAACGCGUGGUCCACAACUACGUCCCCGAUGCACGAAAGGCUAUCAUCGAUGCCAUCAACGAGAGCUGGGCCAUGUUUGACGCCGCCAGGGUUGCAAAAGAUGAGCAGUACGACGAUUUCGUCGCGGCGGAUCUCCUUUUUCCGAAGUUUUACACAGAGUAA